AUGAACGUCGAAGAUGCCAAUGAAGUUGAUAAGUUCGGAGGACAAAAAAGUUCGGAUUGGCACAUUUCCAUUAGUCCCGAUGGAAAAUAUAUCCUUGUAUUUAAUCAUGUAACUCAAAAGUUCAAAAUCAUAGAAUUUGAAAAGUAUGAUCAAGUUGAUGAAGCAAAGUUAUAUGAUAUUAAGACAGAUCUUUUUGAUGGGUGCAAAAGGUAUUCAAAAUGGAUGUUGGCCAUAUCAAAUCAAAUUGAACAAGGUGUGAUCUUUGUAGCAAUAUCUUGUGUGACAGAAUCUGACAUGUUGGUCAGGAAUGAUGAAUCAAACAAUUUAGAUAAAGAUAAUAUUUCGGAAAUUAAAGAAAUUAAGAUUGACGAGUGCAAUUUUAGUGAAAGUAAACCUUCAAGUGGAAAAACCGUUAUUUAUAAAAUAGAGUUAAAUUCAAAAAAUGAAAAGGAUAAUAACGAACCUAAUAUUUACAAAAUGGAAAAUAUGGGAGGUGUUGUUUUAUUUGUUCAUGAUACAAUCACUCAUGAUAAAUCCACCCAUGAUAAUUAUUGCUUCAUUUUUAAUGCUGGCGGAAUUCAUAGGCGUACGAUUUGUGAUAAUAUUUUAAAUGGCUUGGAACAUUUUAAUUAUCCGCGAAGACUUGAAAAUGAGUUAAAUAAUUUACGCAAGACAAAAUCGUGCAUCUCACGAAUCAAGAAUUCCGUAUUUGAUCAUUAUUUUUAUAUUGAACAAUAUAAAGAAGGGGUUCAGGUCAUGCAAUUAUAUGAUUUAAAGACCAUGCAAAUACGACAAAUUUUUAAUAUGCAUGAAGAUAAGCAAUAUUCAAACGAAUAUAGCAAACCUAUAUUGGCCAUUUCGAAAAAUGAGCAAAUCAUUGCUUUUUCUUCCGGAAAUGGAAAGUUGACCCUUUAUUUGAUAGAAAAUGGUCUAGAGAUCAUUAACAAAAGUUUUGAAAAGGAUACGAAAAUCAUUGCUUGUGAAUUCAAGAAUGAUGACAAACUAAUGAUAAUUAUCAAAACAUCCCAAAGUCAGCGUGGGGAAAUGUUACUUUGGGAUUUAUUUAAUUCUUCAAAGAAUAGAUUUCGAUCUAUCUGUGAUGGUAUUGAGUUGGAUGAGGGUAAUGAGAAUCCUUCAUAUAAUGCAAAAAUUCCCGGAAAGUUCGUAUCAGUGACUUCUAACGGUACUAUCUUGUCAAUAUAUGAUAGUAUACUUGAGAUCAAACCUAAAAAAGAUCAAAUUUUAGUAUCGCCUUAUAGUACUGUCUUUUCUACUGAUAAAAGCCAAGUAGGAAAACCAAAUGAAAUGAUUAAAUCGAAAUGUGAAAAUGUUAGCAUUUUUCAUCAGGGUAGUACAGGAGUAGCACAACCACUCGUACACAAUUGCGAACCAUGGGAUAACCAAAUUUUUGAAAAUAAAAUGUGGAUAUAUCUUGAUAAAGAAGGAUCAUUACAAUUGUAUAUUGGAAAAAAUACCAUUCAAGUGUGGCGUAAAACUAUGAAGAAAAAUCACAAAUUUGUUCUCGAAUAUUUUUGGGCUGAUAAUAAAGAUCAAUUGGAAGUAACGAAAUUAAUCGUUUAUGAUAAUGGUUUUCAACUUAAGUGGAAAGAAACAAAUGUUGAAUAUCAAAUUCAAUGGCCAUUUGAGAAUCACAAAAUCCCAAUACAACAUGCUUGUGAUGCUCUUGAAUAUUUAAAUGAUCAAAGUAAUCAUUUAAUUGGAUAUGAUAAUCAACACGCAUUUGAAGAAAUUAAAGGUAAUAUUUCUGCCAUGAUUUGGAAAUUUAUCAAAAAUUAUCCAGAUAUUUGGAGAAUGAUGGAUAUUCGUUAUAAUCUUAUGAACAAGAUUAUAAAUAGUGGAUCAAAUCCUCUUAUCAAACAUAUUUUAUUUGGUGAUGGAAAAGAAAAGCAAUAUUUGCAUAUACCAAGAACAAUUCGAUGGGUUGAUUCUAAUAAUUCCGAAAGUCAUUUACCAAAACCCGAUAGUGAUUUACAAACAGCCAUUAAAUUAUGUAAACCAGAUAUAGAGCGCAACCGUAGAAUUUUAAUCGUAACGUAUUUACUUGAAUAUUACGCAACAAAGGCAACCGAACAUCCCGGAUGGUUAAUCACUAUUCCAGACGCAUUACCAUAUUUAUAUGAAUUUAAAUUAGAACAUUAUGUGAGCGAACUAUUUUAUAAAAGAUGCAUGGAGGGGAUAGAAAUAUCUAAUAUCAUUGAAUACACUGAUAUUAUACCUAAACGAUAUCAAGUUACUUUAAAUACGAAACAGGAUUUAUUGGCAUUUAAUCCUAUUUCGAAACUCAUUUCAACAAGUAAACAGAAAAUUAGUCCAAAAGUUCUAAGAGAUAAUUUAGAGUUGGGACUGAGAAAAAUUUGGGUAAAAAUUUGUACAAAUGAACAAUUAAAGUACUCUCCAACUGUAAAAAUGGUCCCCUUAUACAAUUUCACUGUUAAUAAUACAUCUCAAAAAGUGGAAAGUGACAAAAAUUUGAUUUCGGUUGUUAUAGCGAUUAUUGUAAUGUCAAUUUAUGCCGCUCCUUCAUUUAGCUCUAAGGAUGCAUUUGCUAAUGUUGUAACAACCCGAAGAAUAGCCGCUACUAUCACUUUCACAAUGUUAUUGCUUUGGUUUGAAUUGAUUUUAUACCUUCGAUUAUUAUCAGCUGGAAUAGCGCAUAGUUUUUUACUUUUAUUACAACAUCCCGAAUUUACAGAACUUGAUCAAACCGAAAAUAAUCCAGCUAGAAAUUAUAUAAUUUCAUUUAUUUCAACGUAUAAUUGGUUAAAUGGGGAGUUUUUGCAACAAGAUACGUGGGAUAUUUGGCAGGUAAAAAUCAUCACGUUAUUUGGCAGCAUGCUCUUGAUAACUAUUCUGCAAAAUAUGUUUAUUGCCUUCAUAUGGGGUGUAUAUGCUGAAGCAUAUACAAAAGGUCGCUCCGCUUUAUUAAGAUUUCGUGCCGAAUCAAUUUCGGAUUAUGAAGCAUUAGAACAAAUAUAUUUCGAUCCUCCGGUUCCAGAACCAAAAUAUAUUUAUUAUUUGGGUAAAUCCAAAAGUUAUAAAGAUUGGGAUUCAAAAGUUAGAAGUCGAGAAUCCGAGAAUAACAAAUUGUAUGAUUAUUACGAAGAGAAGAUGAUAGAUACGGUCUUACCGUAUGAAGAUGAUGAGAUGAAAUCUGAUGAUAAUAAAGGUUUCGAGAAUGUGGAAGAUAACAGUGACAUCAAGAACAAGGUUACGUUGCUUGACAAUAAGGUUGAAGAUCUCAAGAGUGUAGUUAAUGAACUUAAUGGCAAGCUUGAUAAAUUGCUAAAUGCCAUUAUUAAAUAA